UGAUGCACAGCCUUCCGCUGGAAGCAUUUAAGGCAGAGCGCUUGGUUCAAACCACAGCUGCAGGACUCAAGACCUUGAACGGUUCAGGGAGAGCAAACCCUUGAGUGCAGCCACAUUGCCACAUCUGCCAGAAAACUAUGUUGCUAGCCACAUUUAAGCUGUGUGCUGGGAGCUCCUACAGACACAUGCGGAACAUGAAAGGACUGAGGCACCAAGCUGUGCUGGCCAUUGGCCAGGAGCUGAACCGGAGAACACUGGGAGAAGCCAGUCCUGGGUGGAUCAGUCAGGUUCGGCGUCGGAGCUCACUGCUUGGUUCUCAGCUGGAAGCGGCACUCUAUAGUGAGCAGGAGCUGUCCUACAUCCAGCAGGGAGAGGUGGCUAUGCAGAAGGCCUUGGGCAUCCUCAGCAACCAGGAAGGCUGGAAGAAGGAGACCCAGCAGGAAAAUGGUGAUGAAGUGCUAAGUAAAGUAGUCCCGGAUGUGGGCAAGGUGUUUCGGUUGGAGGUGGUGGUAGACCAGCCUAUGGACAGACUCUAUGAAGAACUUGUGGACCGCAUGGAGGCUAUGGGAGAGUGGAACCCAAACGUCAAGGAGAUCAAGGUCCUGCAAAAGAUCGGGAAAAACACAAUGAUCACCCAUGAGCUGGCUGCAGCAUCAGCAGGAAACCUGGUGGGGCCCCGUGACUUUGUGAGCGUGCGCUGUGCCAAGCGCAGAGGCUCCACCUGUGUGUUGGCAGGCAUGGCCACACAUUUUGGGGAGAUGCCCGAACAAAGCGGUGUCAUCAGAGCCGAGCACGGUCCCACCUGCAUGGUGCUUCACCCAGUGGCUGGAAGUCCCUCAAAGACUAAAUUCACUUGGCUCCUCAGUAUUGACCUCAAGGGGUGGCUGCCGAAGACCAUCAUCAACCAGGUCUUAUCGCAAACCCAGAUGGACUUUGCCAACCAUCUGCGCAAGCGCCUGGAGUCCAGCCCUGCCUCUGAAGCCCGGUGUUAACUGUGCCCACUACAUCAACCUGUACACCAUCAGCAGACUCCCGCAGGAAGCCUUCAAGUCCGUUAAAAUCUUCAGCUGGUGUAACGGGAGGAAUAGCCAUCAGAAUCUACGACUAGCUAGUAAAAACUGGCCAUCAGGAAAAUAGAAACGAGGCUGAGAAAAGACCUCUAGCCUCUCCCACCGAUUAGCUGUGAAGUGGAGAUUAAGGGAUAGACAUCUGUUAAACCAUUCCAGUAGCUGACGUGACAAGGUGGGGUGCUCAAAGCCACGGCCUCAAGCAGUGUGCACAGAGCAGUUUUAUGCAGGGAAACUCCAGUGACCUGCUCCUCCAUAAAAGGCCCAGAACAACAAACUACCCACAAAUGGACCCUUCCCCAGCAUAUUCCAAGUUUUGUCUAAGAAGAAACAAACUAGUUAUUCUGCUGGCUUCCCUACUUACUCGGUCACAAUAAAGCACCAUCCAUGCAAAUCUCAGCCUGCCCUUGUCAAGUCCUGCUCCACAGCAUCUGUGCUGGGGGUCACAGCUUCAUCAGAGUUUGGAGUUCCUAGUAAUUAGAGGGAACAAAACUCCUGGAGAUUUAUCAUUCGAUUGUUUAGACUCUAGCCACCCGGGCAGUGGUGAUGCAUGCCUUUAACCCCAGCAAUUGUGAAGGGCAAGGCCAGCUUGGUCUACAGAGCUAGUUCUAGGACAGCUAGGGCUGUUACACAGAGAAAUCUAUCUCAAAAAAACAAAAAGAAAAAAAAAAAAAAGCCAGUGUGGUGUCAGAAACAGAUCUCUGUAAUACUGAGGCCAGCCUAGUCUACAUAGGAUAGUCAGAGCUACACAGUGAGACCCUGUCUCAAAAAUACAAAAACGGAUUGGAGACAUGACAACAGAUAGGAGCACUGGCUGCUCUUCUAGGGGGAUCCAGGUUCAAUUCCUAGCACCCCACAGCUAUUAAUUGCUAUCCCAGGAAAUCUGAUGCUUUCUUAUGUGGACACCUGGAAUGCACAUGGUGCACAGACAUGCAAAUAUACAGGCUGAACACCCAGAAUCAUUAAAAACACACACACACACACAAACACACAAACGAAACCCUCUAGUCAGUUGUCAUGGCUCAACAGCUGAAAUCUCAACACUCCAAAUGAUGAUACAGGUGAACUGCCCUCAGUUCCAGGCAAGCUUGAACCAGCAUGAGAUCAUCAUAACAAACAAACCAAAAUGCUUUAGAGUUAAGGUGAAUAGCCCUAAAUGAAGAAGAUUAUAACAGGAUUUUCAAUUACCUAGUUAAAAGGAAAAUACCAAAUAAGAAAUACUGACCAAUAAUGCUAAGAUAAAGAGACUAUGUCUGUUGUUUAUGAGGUUAGUUGGUGAUGAUAAGUUAGUAAGUUUGGCUCAGAGCUAGCAACUUCCUUGUUUGAAAAGCUUGAAAUAUUACCAUUUUUGAAGGGAAAAUGGGUAAAAGGCAAUGCAGUGAUAGCAAAUUUAUGUUCCAGGAUUUGGAGAAAUUAUGCUUUAAAGAUUUAAGUUGGGGGCUGGCAAAAUGACUCAGUGUGUAGAAGAGUUUGCCAAGUCUGACAACUCACGCUGGACUCCUGGAACCACAUAAAUGGAAGGAGGGAGCUGAAAAACUGACCCCACAAACUUCCUGGUCUCCACUCAUUUGCACUCACGUCCACACUGAAAACUUUACACAUAACUAUGAAUAUACUGGAAUUCCUUUGUGGAAUGUGUUAAGGAUAAAAAAAAAAAACAAAAAACAAAAAAAACCCUCAACUAUUAUGACUAAAGCUUUUCACUGUCAGGGUAGGCAGCACUUUUAUCUGCAGUGCUAUCUUGCCAGCCCAUUUUUCUGUCCUUUAUAGUCAUAGUAGCAUUGGUAAUUUCCAUCUUUUGUAAAGAAUUCUAGCUUAUUUAUGAGUAAAGCAGAAGCUGUAGGAACACUGGUAUUUAUUAAACUGAUAUUUAUUAUAUUAAUUCUGGAUGCUUUCCAGUCUGCUUUGACACAGAUGGUUGUUGCUCACCCAGGAGCUUCAGGGCAGCAAGGGCAGCUGUAGGGCUCUUCUGCUGCGGCUGUCACCAUCAUCAGCCCAGCACCAAGGACGCUGGCUUCAAGAGGAAAAAGGCCUUAACUAACACUCAGCUCUCGUUUGCCCCUUCCCAUGCUGUAACUGUGCCUCUGUGCUGUCUGAGAAGCUUUAACCCCGUUGUUUAAUUUUACAUUUGAAUAAAACUAGUUGUCAAUGGCAAUCAAUAGGCACCUCUAGAUGGGUAGUUAUUUUUGAAUCUUUCAAAUGAAACUUGUUAACACAUUUCAAGUUCACAGCUGUACACACAUUUUUUAUGGUUUUGCCUUUCAAAUUUGUUCUUUAGAAACGGGUUUCACUCACUCUGUAGUCCAGGCUGGCUUGGAACUCAUUUCAACCCUCCUGCCUCAGCCUUUGACUGGCGUGAUGAACGGUGACUCACUACCACCUGCCCUUUUUCUUCCAGACACUAAGUACUGUCAAGUAAAGCACCACUUUGGUAACCUCCAACAUAUGAAAGCCAUCUAGUUUUAGUAGGGCAUAUGAUUUAUACAUUUAUAUGCAAAAACUUUACCUCUAGUUUCUACUAAUAACAUUAUUCUUUUCUUGGGAGUCCUUCAAACUCCAACAAUCUCACUUUGUAAGUGGCUUGUCCUUCUCAGACCAGUCCUUGUGUUAGUGAUAGGCUGGGACCCUGCUUACAAUAGUACCUACUCUGUAGUGAGUUUCUUGUUAAGACAGUAGUAAAUGGACAAGCCAAAUGUGGUGGUCCACUCCUAAUCCCAGCCCCCAAAGGGGGGUAGAGGAAGGCAGAUCUCUGUCAGUUUGAGACCAGCCUAGUCUCCCAUAGACAGCCAGGUUACAUAGUCCCUGCUUCAAAAUACAAAAACAAACAACAAAGAUAUUGAAUGGAUGAACUGAGGAGUCUGGGUGAUUCAGUAGGAGACAAGUGUAAUAGUAAUGCCAUUUGUGUUACUAAUCACUUGAACCUUGGAGAAUUUCUUAAAUAGCAAAAUAAAAUAAUUAGAACAGUAGGAGCGGUCCAUACCACCUAGCUCCAGUGGAAUCAAAUCACUUUACCUAGAACUUAGGUUAAAAAAAAAAAAUGAACAAAACAAAAAACUACACAGGGCAGUCUUUA